CACAGCCUCAUGAACGUGACUCUGUGGGUUCAGAACAAUCAGUGGAUCCUCACCAUGAAGACUGUCCUGGUCGGUUGCAUUUUCCUCUGUGCUGCAUUUGCAGCUCCCGCUGAAGACAAAGAAAAAAAUCCAGAGAUGGUCGAGAAGAUGCCAAAAGAAGAGGAAGCAUUUGUGCCUGUUUCCAGAACUGCACAUACAUUUGAUGAGGGAGCAGCACCUGAGUCUCGUUUUAACUUCUGUCCAGACGGCUGGUUCAGCCAUGGCUCUCGGUGCUUCAUGUUCAUCAAUACACCCAUGUCCUGGUACAGUGCUGAGGAGCACUGCAACAGCCUGGGUGCCCACCUGGCCUCGGUCACCAACCCCAGAGAGCAUAGCUUCCUUCAGCAAAUCACACAGACAGCCGGUCAGAGCAUCGCAUGGCUGGGAGGCUUCAACCUACAGGGACGGUGGAUGUGGAUUGACCGUGAGGGUUUCUAUUACACCAACUGGUACUCCCCCUCCUCCUCCAGCAGCUACCCCUGCAUCUACUUACGCACCACCAAUGGUUGGGGUAACACCCAGUGUGGCUCAGCUUAUCGCUUCAUCUGUUCCAAGAACCCGUUCAGCUGUUAAAAUACAUACUGAACAUCUGGAACCUUGGGAUGUAUCAGCUGGGAUACUGUUUCUUUUUAAAGCCAAUUCAUGAAUAGUUGUGUGUCUUACAAUUUCCUCUUGUGUAUUCUUGAAAGAGUUACAUGUGUUAAGUAACUUUUAUGUAAAAGCAUUUCUGUUGAGAAAGGUUCUUUUUAAUAAUAAAGACUUGGAUACAAAGAAGACUGGAAGACUUGGAUAAGAA